CCAUUUCUAUUUGUACUGGUCGCUGAUUGCUGGCCAUAGAAACGCUGCAUCAAGGUGAUAUUAAAAAACAAUUAGCCAUUCAUUUGCCCUAUUAACACACACGUUAGGAGUAAUUCACAACUCCGUGAGAGGCAAUUCGCGUGUCAGCUGCAAGCAUUUUACGGCUCUGUCCGGUGGAGAUGCGUGCAGUUUAUUAGGAGGCAGGAAAUUCGCACCUCCUAGUUAAUCGCCCUAAUUGUUUUUUAAUAUCACUUUGAUGCAGCGUUUCCAUGCAGGCUCUUGGGGGUUGGCAGUCAGAAAAGGCCAGCAAUCAGCGACCAGUACGCUUCGCUCACUUGGUGGUUUUAUUCGGUGGUUAUAGCAAAGGACCAGGCGUUAUGACACCAUAUACACCUCGGGGCGGGUCAUUAGCCCUUAAUUAUUAUCGUGUUGGUGCCGCCUUUUUUCCAUUCACGACAACAAGCUAAGUUUGACCCUUGUCCCUGACACUGUUGUCAAUGGUAUGUUCGUCUAAAAGAGUUAUGAGUAUGGUUUACAGAUUUGUUUAUUUGAGCUACUGGACAUAUUGAUGGUCGAAAAGCACUCUUUCAUCGUGCAGAUUAUACGCCAUAAACACUUCAUUAGAAUCCAGCCCUACCUCACAAUUCAAAUAUUGACCAGGUACCACCCCGAGAAUGCUAGGCGAGGUCGGACGUUCAAGGCCAUCACAGUUACCGUUUCCUCCUUGCUGUUGGAGUAACCACUUGCAGGUCCAGCUGGUUCGCCAUGGAUGCCGUCAUCUUGGUCGCCUUAGUCCUGCUGACUGGACUAGCCGUUCAGUCCGCAGACCUUUCUUGUAAGACGUUCGAAGAAAUCUAUCCCAGCGGGAAGGAGCUGUGUGAGAAGAUGUGGGGCGACGGCUUCGUGUACGAGACGAACCUCAGCGUGGGCUUCACCAUGUGGUUCUUUGAAGCCGAGAAUCCAAAUAACAAAGUGGCUGAGAGGCUCGGAUGGCCCUCACCGGUUGAUGACUGUCACUUACAGUCCUUACAUAAGGAAGCUCCAGGACCAGAACCAGACAACUUCACGGAGUGCUACCCUUGGAGGGACUACUCCUGCUGUCACCAGGACACCGUGCAGAAGAUCAAGGAAGCGUACGGCAGGGAAUGGCACUGGGAGCGGUGUGGUGCCCUCAGUUCUGCCUGUAAUCGCUUCUUCGUGCAGCUGGCCUGUCUGUACGAAUGUGAGCCGAACGCAGGUUUUUACCGGAAAUUCCCGGACCACGUCUACAACGACUCGGAUCCGAACCACAACAAGUGGCAGAUGGAGGGAAUGCCCAUCCGCGCUGACUACUGUGACUCCUGGUUCAGAGCGUGUAGGUACGACCUAUUCUGUGGGAGUGGGAGUUAUAGUUCAUGUGCCAGGGAGUACACCAAAGUUGGUAACACAGGGGAUAACGGGGGAAACGCUGGGCUUAUUGCAGGGGUGGUCGUGGCUUGUGUGAUUGUGGCAGUGCUGAUUGGGACUCUCGGUUUUUUCAUUUUCCGAGAGAGAAAGGGGGAACCUUUGUUCAACAAACUGGAGGCCGAAUAAAAAAUGUUCUGUAACGUCGAACGUAUCACGUUCCAUGAGCAUAUGUACGUACAUACAUCAGUUUUACUCAAGUAAACUCGGCACAAAAGUUUUUCACCAUUCCAGGCAACUUCAAUGUGGUGAGUUAAAGGGGCACAAUCCUCCAUCCAGUUGGAAUAUCUUACCUCUUCAAUAUUGGACCAAAUCCCAUUCUGCAAGAUUAAAACACUCGUCCACACAUAGCAAGGACCAUCGCAGACUACCUAUUAGGAUGGAAUAGCCUUCCUACGGUUUAUGGCUAGCACCUCUUGCUUCAGAUUGUUUGCUUGAAUAAAGAGUAACAGUGGCUUUGAUUGACAUGGCCUGUUUAUUCAACUUGCCUUCAUUCACAAGUCAAUAUUGACGGAACAAAAUGAGCUGAAUGGAGUGUUUGACUUUCAAUCAAUCGUUGGCAUGCAUCAUUUGUUGAUGCGUGGCGGCUACAGACAGUUCAGACAGUUCUCGCCAUGUUGUUCUGCACUGGGCGUAGACAGUCCAGUCGGAUCUGCAGACCCCCAGCUCCUGGAGACUUUAGUAGCGGUAAUUGCGGCACUUUAUUUUUAUGACCAUCCUGUACGCAAACAGGCCUGGUGCCCGUUCCAUAAAUUUACAAUCAUAGAAUACUCAAAUAUGGUAAAAGGUAAACUGGGAUGUUCUGUAUACCAAAAGUUACAUGACAAAACGAUUGAUUGAAUCAUUGUUACCCGCGGCCAUAACAACCGAACGAUAUGUGUUGAACAGAAGCGGGGAAAUUUGGGCACUUUUUUUGGUGACCCGCUCAAGUAAGUAGGCCUGGUGCUUGUUCUAUGAGUUCAAUAAUGAUAAUGAAUUUGACACCAUUGGAAAGAAAAUCAC